UUUCAGUCAUCGCACAACACAACUCGGAUUCUUAAAUGCUUCGCUAUUUUUUUCUUUCUGUGCUAAUAACACCACAAAUUAUGGGUUAUUCAAUAGUAUGGGACCAAUAUAUAUUUAGAUGCGAUAACUAUAAUCAGUCCGUAGUCCAGGCGACCACUUCGAUUCCAUUAAGUCAAGUGUGUGAUGGACGAAAGGAUUGUUCAGACGGCAGCGAUGAAUUCUUAGCAGUUUGCAAAUUAAAUCCCUCAUCCCCUGCAAACCAACAAUUCUUUUAUUGUGCUUCCGGCGGAGGAAUCGCAGAGAACAAAGAUUGUGAUGGCAAAGAUGAUUGUUGGGAUAGAUCAGAUGAAUUACUACGUAAUUGUAAUCCCACAUUAGCUAAGCAAAUGCUUGAAUCUCAACGUGGAAAUUGCGGUCAAGGAGAGUGGCAAUGUGUGGAUAAGGAAUGUAUUCCGUCGAGCAGCUUAUGUGAUGGCAAAAUCGAUUGCAGUGAUGGAGCCGAUGAAGCAUUGGCCCAAUGCUACGAGAAGUGUGAGGAGGAUCAGUUUCAGUGCGGCAAUGGAAAAUGCAUUUCUAAAGACAAGGUUUGCGAUAAUACAAUCGACUGUCCAAUGGAUGGUGCUGAUGAACUACAAAUAGUCUGCGAGUAUGUUGAUGGGUAUAAACCGUCCAACUCAUAUCGUCCAUGUAACGAAGGGCCAGAAGAAAACGGAAUUUUUUUUUCUGAGAGUUCCACAUAUCAUAUAGCUAAUGGUACUAAAUAUGUGCUUCCCAACGAACCAAUUCGCUUUAGAUGCCAUUAUUAUAAAAUAAUCGUCGGAACUGAAAGAAAUGUUUGCAUGUUAAAUGGAACUUGGCAUCACGACUUUCCAAAAUGUCUAAGUCCCAGGGAAUAUCGCGAUUAUGAGAAAGAAUUGAAGAAAAACCGUACAAAUUCAAAUACACCCAGAAAUGGUAUUAAAAAAUUGUUUAAUCUAUACUAAAGCAAGCAUUAUUUGGUUCUUGAAAAUAUUUGUUUCUAAAAGCUAAAAGCAAAACUCACAUGUGUCAUAACAAA